AAGUGCCGUACACCUGCUUUCUUGCAGCUGGAUUAGUAAAGCGCCGUCUCUCUCUUGUGUGCUGCGUGUGAGUCAAGUGUUUUAGAGGCGCUUCAGUUUCUAUCUUGAGAAUAUCAGAGAAAGAGCUCCGGCAGACGCUGGCUCAGUGCAACCUAAAUAACAGUCCACCAUCUGGGAGGUUGUUUUCACCUAAUUGUGUGAGUCUAGACUGAUUAAUUAUAAGACCGUGGGAUUAUGUGUGUUAUUUAAAUGGAUGUUUCAUCACAAGAUCAAAAGUUUUUUUUUUUUCUCUUUACCUGUAGUUCUAUUUAUCCAUCAAGAUUGUUUUAGUGUAAGUUGCCACGUUUUUGCGAUAAUAUUACAUCUUAAAAACUUCAAAAAUGUCUCUUUCCAAAGAUCAUGGCCCUACAGAAUCAUGGAUCUACAGCCGAUAUCAUCAAAACUUGGCAACUCACACCAAAACAAUCUAGAAUAUGUCAGCGUGCACCCUUCAUACUCUGAAUGUUUGGGCCUGUAUAUAGGCUGAUGAUUCAAGACCGGCAUCCAAAUCUUUAAUUGUCUUUAAGCUAGAUCCAAAUAUCUGAGAACUGAAAUUCAAAUAAUGCAAAGGGCAGAGUCGAAGAAUGAGAUAACAGCUGUUUUAUGUAAAUUCCUCAGUUACAAACCCACACUCAUCGAAAAGACAGAGAGGCUGUCAAGGGCAGGGUGAGAGGGAGGGACACUGAGGAAGAAGAAGAAGAAGAAGAAGAAGAAGGGGGAGAGAGAAAGAAGGGGCUCACAGAGAGUGCACUGUUAGAGGACAGAAAGGCAGCCUGAGUGUUCGCAGCCAGCGUAGGUAGAUCACCGGACAAACGCCGCCGCUGUAAGCCAGAGCGGAGGGAAGAAGUGAGAGAUUCACACGUUACAAGGAGAGAAAAAGAGAGUGCGGCGGGAGAGUGUUGUGACUGUUUGGGCAACAGGAGCCGGUGGUAGCCAGGAAGAGGGCAGCCAAGCCUGAGGAGAUGCUGUGAGGAAAGGUGCCAAGUGAUGGAGCUUGAAGCAACCAGCAGGCGGGCGCAAUUAGUCAGAAUGGACGACCAGGACAGAGUGAGCCAAGCAUCCAGCAGAGCCACCAUUUCCUACAUUCCUGUCAUAAAGGAAGGUGAUGGAAGGGUGCAAGCAUUUGGGAAAAGAUGUCAGGCAGCAAAGAGAGACCCCAACUGCCCCGUGGUCAUCAGAGGAUGGCUCAACAAAAAAGACAGCUCUGGUUUGAAGCUGUGGAAGAGAAGGUGGUUCGUCCUCUCCAACUACUGUCUGUUUUACUAUAAAGACAGCAGAGAAGAAUCAGUGCUGGGCAGCAUCCCACUGCCAAGCUACAAGAUCCUCUUCUGCACACCGCGAGAAUGCAAGAACAGGAAGUUCACCUUCAAGGUGGUGCACCAGGGAAUGCGUUCCUAUUUCUUCAGCGCCGACACCCAGGAGGAUAUGCUGGGCUGGGUCCGAGCUCUCAGUCAGUCUGCCGCGAUGGAGUCUGACAGCUCUCUGAACAGGCGUUGCUCCAGUUAUCAGGAUUUCACACAGAUAGGUGGCAGCACCGAAUCGGUGGACUUCCCGAGACCCCCGUCUGAUGGAGAGGAUCCCUCCCAGAAGCACAGGCACAUCAGCAGGACUCUGAGUGAGCCGAGUCAGCUCACUGGUGGGAGGAUGGGGACGUCGCAGUCAGAGCACAGGGGGAGGAGGAGUAUGCGUCAGAGAAACAGCAGAACACCCAGCCCUCCCGAUUACAGCAGAAGAAGAGUCUGUAGUCCGAACCAAGAGGAAGAUUAUUUUCCUGGUCAGAACACACCGCCCACUCAAACAGACAUGAUGGGAACAAGUUCCUUGACCUCAAGAGGUCAGCUGGGAUCACGACCUCACACACCGGUGGGAAGGGUUGACAUACGACCCCAUGAUGACUCGUUCAUGGUGCCGCAGACGCUGUUCUACGCACCUGCCUCUCCCAAGCUGGAGUUCAAAUCCACUCCCACCACUCCAGUCGCAGAGAGGUGGCAGAACUUGAGCAAGCCUACACCUACAUAUGGUUCUGUCCAUCACAUCUCGAGUGGGAGAAGACCUUUAGGAAAGAGCUUCUCCACAGGGGCACAAGCAGACUUACUGCCCCCUUUGCCCCCCUCAUCGAGGGCAGCACAUGCUCCGCACCCCCCACACCACCACCACCACCACCAUCAUCACCAUCACCGCAGCAAUUUAUCUGUUUGUGUGCUACCGCCAGCGAUGGCCCCAAAGCCUGACCCAAGAGAAGUCCAACCGAUCAGACCUCUGGAGAGUGAUGCAGACGUUGUGUUGACGAGGUUGUGUGGGUGUGACAAGCUGCUGCAGUCUCUGUCUUUAGAGCUGGCUCAGCUACAAAUGGAUAAGGACAGCGUCCAUUGUGCAUUAGAGGUUUCCAGGCUGCAGCUGGAGGAGUGGAAAAGUCAGGGCCCCAGGGCCCAAGAAGAAGCACUGACCCAGAAGGCUUUGCUCCAGGAGGAUCUGGUCACGAUCAGGGCCAGAAUGUGUGAUGUAUCACUGGAAAUGGAGAGGGUGUGGUGUCAGUACGAGAGAAUGGAGAGUGAACUGUCGGUUAUCCGUUCACACCUGCAGCACAUCUGUAACUUUGGAGUGCCACAGGAGCAGUCUCAGGCUCAGAGAGAGCUGUGGAUGAUGGAGGACAUCAUGGCCGGACUAAAGAUCAACAGGGAUCACUUCCGCUUCCUGUUGGGACUACAGAGGCACCACAUGUUCCAGUCGACAUCUCCACAUCCUGGAUCCCCUGGCUCUCCCACAGAGAGGCUGCAGAGCGGACUGCCAAUGGAUAUCGAGCAGGAGCCACCAGUUCGUCCUCCAUUACCCCAGGAGCUACAGGAGAGUCACCACAGCAGGGAUCACAGCCAUGGCUGGACAGAGUCACCGUAUGAGGGAAUCUACAGCCACACUGUUGAUCCUGUGCAGAGGAGAGGAAACAGCCAGCCUGACCUCCUUAAUGUGAAGGCACAGAAAGACACACUUGAAGCUCAGCCUGCUUCAAAGUGGAUCCCCCCAGACACGACAAACCAAUCAACCAAGAAAAUGAAGAUGAGUGAAGAGGAGCAGAUUGAGCGGAUGAGGAGGAAUCAGGAGAGGUUGACUAACAGGAAGAAACCCCCCAUUUCUGCCCCAGGCGCCCAAACACAGAGUCAAGGUUCAGACACGAGAGAGGAGGCCCCCUUUCCUCUAAGGGUGACACGAGUUGUCACAGCUGUGCUGCCGUCCUCUCUCGUGGCCAGACGGGUUUCUGUCGAGGAUCCCCCGCCCGAGCUCGACAACCCCCUGCCCGAGCAGAUCCAGCCUGAAACGCAGCAAGGACUGGCUGAGCCGAGUACAAAGAUGUUGAACAAGCCACCCAGACGUCUGCUGCUUGAGAGUCCCGAUCAAAACAGGUCCUCUGCAGAGGUGCACCAGGAUCAGUCCGUUAAAAGGACAAGCAGACAGCAGAGGCUUCAGGGAGUGUUGAGGUCCUCCAGAAGGGAGGCAAGGUCAGAAGGGAGCAGAGCUGAGUCUACCGAGAGCUCAAGGAAUCAAGUUGGACACCAAGCAGGUGUAGGAGAUGGAAGCGCGAGCUCAGACGUAAGGGCGGAGGAACAGCCCUCAGCCCUCCCGAACCCUGAUGCGGACUCUGACCUGGUUUUGACCCCCGAGCAGAGAGAGGCCAAACUGCGACGUGUGGAACGAAUACGGGAGAGAGUCAUAAGAAGCGCAGUCAGAGAGAGAGCUUCUACACACAAUCAACUGCCAACCAGAGGGGAGGGGCAGGAAGUUCAUCAGCUGGCCCCUGACACGGCUUCAAAACAAAGGAUGAGAUCAGAUCAUGAUUCUUACCAUGGAUAUGGAAGCCAUGGAAACAACAUCAGAGUUCCUGCAGAGCUCCAGCUUUCAAGUGGAGCAUCUCAGGAUGAAGAUGAGAGGGAUGUGAACAAAUCUAAAAGUCAAGUCAGGUUCGGGAACAAAACACAACAAAAGGAUCACAGUGGAAGAACAGGGGUCGCCAAAACCAAGAUCAGACGUCCUGCUUCACCCUAUCACGUCUCAUCUAUGACAGUCUACCAGAGAGAUGGAGGCAAGGGAUUCACAAGUUGCAAGGAUGGAGCGGAGCAAAAACUUGAAGAAGACAGUGAUUUUCCAUCCUCCGAUCUUAGGGCAAAGUGGUUCCUCUCCACCAACCAGUGGCAAGGCUUCAUACCUCUGCAGAUCCCUGGCAUAGACUCGUGCGGUGAGGAGAUUUCAGACAUCGAGAACCAACCGGCAGGCAGUGACGACGUGACCGAGUCCAAUGAAUUGUCAUCAACAGUCAGUGAAAGCUUGGAAAAAAUGAAAGAGAACCACUCGCUGUUCUACAAGAUCGCAUGUGACAUUAGUAUUUCAGACACAGAUAUCACAAAGAACGAUGGGAAUUCAAAUGCCCAAACUUCCUCCGUGUCAGAGGAGGAACUAUUGAUCACUGCAUCUGAAGCAGCCAAUAAUGUUGAGAGAUCUUCCAACCAAGAGCGCAAGGACACUGUCCUACUUUUGCCAUCAGACAUCAGUGAAAACAGUGCCGAUGACAAACUGCAAGAUUCAACGUUGGAAACCCAGGAAAAAGCAGCAUCAAAUACCUCAGCCAGUCCAUCGAAAGAAGUUUGCGUCCAUGAGGAGAGCCCUCAGAGAGAAUGUGAGGACACCACAAGGCAAGAAGGCCGGACUGAGAAAGUUAGAGAACCCAUCCACGGAGCUCCUGCUCACGACUGCGAUCAGGCCCUGGAUGAAGUUGCAAAAACAAGAGAGGAACACAGUGAAGAGAAAGAACCAGAAGACAGGAAGAUGGACCAAGAGAGAUCUAAAGAGCUAAGGAAAUGUUUGAGUGAGGGGAGCGAGGAGACGGGCCAAGAGCGAGGCAACAACCACUCCAUCGCACCGUCCCGCUCUGCGUUUGAGGGAGGAAGUUUGAUGCGGAGUGCCUCUUUCGGGAGGACGCGGGUUACAGUUUUAAGGACAAGUUUGUAGAGGCAAGAACAGUGGUGGCUUAAGAAGCUUAAAUGGACGAACUUGAGAAGGACAAGAACACAGCUAAGUGGUUUAUGAAGGAAACAGAAGGACUUGAAGUGACUGAAGGAUUUUUGGACCUCACUUUGGAUUAGAAAUGGUGAAACGGGAACAUAUGAUGCAGACGUUGUUCACACGGCAGCCAUUUUCCUGCUGUGUUCCAGGUUACACAUCUAUAGAUGAUGGAUAGUGGAAAUCUGGAGGCACAUUCGGUCUUAUUUCAAGGUAGAAUGACACAUUUAAUGACUCAUUAGCUGAUGUUAGCAUUUAACAACUGCUUAGCUAACAUUAAUAGUAUUUCACUUCAAGGGAUGGGACAAAUAUCUCCAAGAUGUGGGUUGAUAUUUCUGGUCAAGUUUACAAUUUCCCAAUCAAUCGCAUAAAAACAGUAUCAAACAGCAACAUAAGCUAGAACGUGGCUAACUGCUAACGUUAGCCGUUGUCAAAUGGCAGCUAAUCAGUUUUUGAAUCAGUUGUUUUACCUUGAAAUAAUGACAGAUGACUGUCUGGAUUUUCUCUACAUGUUCUUGUUUAGUUUUAAUUAGAUAAAAUGAUCACAAAUGUAUACAUUUAUAGCCUACGACUUGACACCUGGAACCCAGCAGUGCAACAUUUGAGCUUCCUGCCCUGAGCGUGAUGUCAGGGGAAAAUGGCGGCAGCGUGAACAUCGUCUAUGACAAAACUAUCAUCAUGUUUGGUAAACUUGAACAUUUCCAUUAUGCAUAAAAUCAUAAUAUAUGUGUUGUGACGUGGAUGCAGAUAAAAGUCUUAAGGGGAUUCUCGUGAAAACAAAAAACUAUGUAUGCAAAUAUAGCGUUGUUCUUGCCGUCGACGGUAAACACCAAAUACCUUACGUACGCACAUAUAGACGUAGCUGAGUACAUGCCCGGUAUCUGAGGUUAACACUUUUCAUUCCUCUCACAAUAUGCAUCUAACAUAACACAGAAAUGACAUGUGAUGGCUGCUCAUGGACGGCAACAUAACCCCUGUGAUCGUCCCCCCCCUAUAACAAAAUGUGUUUUGUAUCUCAGUUAUCCUGAUUAAUAAACAUGCUGACACAAACAGGGAGACUCCUGCUCCUCAUUGGCAUGCACAGGCUAUCGCGUUAUAUAUUUUCCUUCUCUCAUACGUCUGUGUGUUUUUUUUCCUCUUUUCCUCAAUGGAGGUCCCGCGGGUGCUCGGGUGCUGCUCCCUGACAAGCUUCCCGAU